UGUUCACCUGAAGUAGUUCAGGGUCCUGUGUAUCCGCGCCCCUAGGCUUCCCCAUUGUUUUCUAUUACUGUGGAAUUCGGAGUACUAGACUUGCUUAUGGCUGCAACGAAAACGUAGGCCAAUAUUUGUUGUGAGCGGUUGAGUUAUAUUAUAAAUUUAGUUUUAAAAUGAUUCCAACGACUAUUCAAUACUUAUUUUUAUUUAAACACACGCAUUAAACAGCUAAAAUAUUUUUACUGUGAUAUGCUUAGCGUAAUUUGUGUUUUUUUUUAUAUAGCCUGCCUCAAUCUACGGUGAAGAUGUUACGUACUUAUUUCAACUUUCAAAAAGACUAAAUGUACUUGUAAUAAAUUAAUGGAUAUCACGUAUUUAUGUAUUUGAUAAUAAUAGCCUUCUAUUGGAGUAGUUAUAUGUGGUUUUUUUCAGAGGGGACUUUGUACUCUUGAUAACCACACGUCUGUCGAUACUAUCGGAGAACGGGUGUUUAAAUAUAGCUACAUGUUUUCUUUGAAUUAUAUCAGUUGCUUUGUUUUAAAAACCACAAAAACCAUCCUCAAUAUUUAUACAACGAAAUCAAGACUGCAUUUGUCACCUCAUUCGUGUGCUGUCGCGUUAUAUAAAAUGAGUAAACUAAAAUUGUACAUCACUCGACCAGAUGUUCCAGAAAAGGCAAUUGCUUUAUUAAAAGAGAAGUUCGAGGUGGCCAUGUGGACGGGCAGCGGCCCCGUGCCUCGCGAGGACCUGCUCCGGGGCGUGAGGGGCUGCGACGCGCUCUACUGCUUCCUGACCGACCGCAUAGACCAGGAGGUGCUGGACUGUGCCGGCGAGUCCCUGCGGGUGGUGGGCACCAUGUCCGUGGGCCACGACCACGUGGACGUGCCGGUGCUGAAGCAGCGCGGCGUGCUGCUGGGCAUCACGCCCGACGUGCUCACCGACGCCGUGGCGGACCUCACGCUGGCGCUGCUGCUCGCCACGUCGCGCCGGCUCUUCGAGGCCAACCGCCAGAUCACCGAAGGCAAGUGGACUGCGUGGGCUCCGUUCUGGAUGUGCGGACCGGGCCUGAAGGCCUCCACCGCGGGCAUCGUGGGGUUCGGUCGCAUCGGCCAGGAGGUGGCCCGGCGGCUCAGGCCCUUCAAGGUCGCCGCGCUCCUGUACUCCGGCCGCUCCGACAAGCCGGAGGCCGGAGAGCUGGGAGCGACGCGGGUCCCUCUGGGCGACCUGCUGGAGAGGAGCGACUUCGUCAUCGUCACUUGUGCGCUCACGCCGGACACCAGGGAGAUGUUCAACGACGCCCUCUUCUCCAAGAUGAAGCGCAGUGCCGUCUUCAUCAACGUGAGCAGAGGAGGAGUGGUGGACCAAGCAGCGCUGCUCCGAGCGCUGCAAGGGGGCGUGAUCCUGGCUGCUGGCCUGGACGUCACCACACCGGAGCCUCUGCCCCCUUCGCACCCCCUGUGCUCGCUCCCCAACUGCGUGCUGCUGCCUCACAUAGGCAGCGCCACGCACCAGGCUCGCACGGACAUGGCCGUGCUCACGGCCAGGAACAUACUGGCCGCGGUGGAGGGCCGGCCGCUGCCCGCGCCAGCCUUCUGACCCAGCGGUGCUGCGCUGCCGUGCACACAAGCCUUGUAUCAUCUUGUACAACACGGUGUAGGACUGAGUUGUGAGGUCCUACCCUGCUCGAUACUGCUGUCAGCCACUAAGCAUGUGAUGAGGUUAACUUGUUCAUAUAUAUAUUGACUUUGAACGUUGAGAACAUCACCUUACAACUUUGUUGAAGGUCCUGUCACACUGUUCAACUUUCCCUGCCAAUAAAGUUGGUUAUGGUGACACUGAAGAA